AUUGUUUUAAAUAUUAUUUGUGUUCCAUAUAAAAUUUAUGUUAUUCAUAAUUUAAUAAAACCAAUAAUAAAAGUGUUAUUGUAUAUACGAAUGGCGUUAAAGUUUCCGAACGUUAGCAGGAAAUGGUUGCUAGGGAAUUAUUUUUAAAUAUCUGUCAACGGAUCACGGAAUAAACAAAGUGAAAUAUUUUUUUAUUAAUUUAUAUGCGAUUCGAGUUACACUAACGAUGGAUAAAAAUAAAAUGGCCCCACCGUCUAAAAAUAUCAGACCUAAACGACCUUCAACCGUGUCAACAGCGUCGACAUCGCGUAAAAUACUACCGAGUAAAGAUAAAAAUACAAACGAACUUAGGGCUAGGGUCAACAAAAAUGUCACAAUAAUCGGCGACGGAGACACGACUGUAUGUAAAACCGAUUCGAUGCCCGAUUUUGAUGCUGAGUAUAGACAAGUUGCGUACGGUAAGUUUUUACGGGCCUUGUUAGAAGACUGUCUCGUGGAAGAGAAGAUUGAGAGAGAAGAAACACAAAUGGACAUCCAAAUGGCUCAGUUGGCUGACAGGUUCCAGAAGACCAUGGACCAGCUCGAUAAGACCAACAGGAGACUUAAAGACAUCAGUUUUGUUGUGGAACAGAAAAGACUUCUAGACCUCAAGAAUCAGGAUUCGAACAUAUUCUACAACAUCACUGACGAUUCAAACAUAGAAGAUUCCCUCAAUGACCUUAAAAUGACGGAGGAAGCCUGCCUUGAUAGACUCGAAACUAAAAACGUUGACUUCGGCUACAACAAAGAAUCGGGACACAAACAACUCCUGGACGCAGUCAACGACGCUAUCGACGGCUUGGAACAAAUAAAGAAACAUUCAAAUCUAGAUUUGAACAAAUUUAAAGAAUACGAAAAAUCACACAACGGUCUGAAUCAAUUGGAAACAGACAGAUUCGAUCUGGAGACUCUGAAAUCUGAAUUUGAGACGAAGUUUCCUAAAUUCAGCGAGAAAUUACUGAAAGACAUAUCAGAGAAGAUAGCUACCGUUAUGAACGAUAACGAGGACGCGGACUGAGAUAUAUAUAUGUGAUUUUUAUUAUGUGUAGAAUUUUGUUAUCAAAUAAAUAUUAUUUAUAUAGAAA